GUCAUUGUCAAAUAAAUUUGUCACUUUUUCUAGAAUCAUAUUUUUUAUUGUCGAAAUAUUUUGAAGUCAGAAGUCUCUAACUUUUCGGUGUUAUUUCAAAAUGCCAUUAAGAAUACCAUCUUCGCAAAGCAAAAAGAAACCUCCACCAAGGCCUCCUCCCCCAAAUCUAAACAAAUUGAAGAGUAAAUCUACUCAUACCAUACACAAAAAUUGUGAUAAUUUCAACCUUAUUGAUUGGAGUCCACCUAAUUCACCCAAAAGUGAUACAUUGCCUAAAUUUGGAGGAAGUGUUUCCAGCUCUUUCAGCAGUAGCACUAGCAGUCUAGCUUCUAUAAAAAAAUCUACCGACUAUGAUGGACUUCUGGCUACAAAUUUUUCAUCCACAGUUUGGGGUACAAAUUCAGUACAAAACUCGAAUAACUCUACUUCUUCGAAUCGCUCUAUUAUUAGGAAUAAUAAUUAUGGACCACAUAAUAUCAAAUGUAAUGAGAAUAAUCUUACUAGUGUACCAUCAUCGUCUAUGUUUGGCCCAACUAUAAUCAGACCAAGAAAUAGAAUGAAUGCAAAACCAGAACUACCAAGUGUGUCUGAUAGUCCACCCUCUUUACCUAUGCCUACAGGCCCACCACCAAGUCCACCUAAAGAUGUGACAGAUGUUAUUACGCCUUAUGGUAUUGCUUUAUACGAGUUUCCAGCCACUCAACUAGGUGAUUUAGGCUUAGAGGUCGACGAUGUUGUUAUUUUAAUAAGAAGGGUAAAUAAAGAAUGGCUUUAUGGACAAGUGAAUGAUCAAGAAGGUAUCUUUCCAGAGAAUUUCAUUCAAAUCAUCAACCCUCUUCCUGAAGACUUGAGAUGAAUAUCUUGUUAACCAAAAUUGAAUUACUCAUUGAUGCAGGUCAAGUUAUUAUUUCAGAUAUAUAAUUCAACUCAAAGCCAUACAAGCUGGAAAGUUGAUUAAUUUAUUAUUUCAUUACUCAAAUGAGUGGAGUAUUAUUUUUUUCAUUCAAAUGUGUUGAUAAUUGUCUAUGACAUCGGUCUUGUAUGAUGAUUGUUUAUUCAUAGCACCAAUUUACAAGAACAUGAUCAAUUUCUCUUUAUGUAUGAACCACAUACUACAAGACCUUUCAGUCUGCUAUGAAAAACUGCAGAUUUACAUGAAACCCAAUUUUGAAAGAUACACUUGAACCAUUUUAGUGGUUAUUCCGUCCUUAAAUCUGGAUUAUCAAAUGAUUUGAACAUUAACUUAUUGAGUUUACUGAAUAUUACUUUUAUAUAUUUUAUUUCAUUCAUUUCUUUUCUUAACCUCAACUAAUUUCAAUUUUAAUUGUUGAUGUAACUAAUGGAGAUAAAGAUCUUGGUACUAACUGUGUGAUCAUCAAAGAUGUAUUUUUGAAUGUGAUAUUUCGGUGCCUUAGGAAAGGCUUAUAUUUUUGUACUGUAUAUAUGUAAAUCUUGUAUUGGAGAUACUUUUAGAUUAUACUCUACAAAAAUAAAUAUAUUUUCUGUGAUGUAA